AUGGAGAGAGCCAGGCCGGAGCCGCCGCCCCAGCCGCGCCAACUGCCACGGGCGACCCCACCGCGCCGGUUGCGCCCCGCUCCGCCCCCGCUGCCGGUCGAGGGCAGUGCCUUUCGGGCGGCGGCCGCCGAGCCUCCUCCGUCGCCGCCGGCCCCGUGCGGGGCCGCCAUUGCGACGGUGGCCUCGUCGUGCGGAGAAGCCCCGGCGUCGGGCGUCCCGUCCACCGCACGGCGGCUGCUUCAGGUGAAGCCGGAGCAGGUGUUGCUGCUGCCGCCGGGGCCUAUACUGCCUCAGGCCCAGGACGAGGGCGCCGCCGUCUCGCCCGCGCAGGCGCGGCUGCUGCAGCUGAGGUCCGAGCUGCUGCUGUUGCCUCCGCCUCCCGCGUCCGAGGGCGCCCCCUGCAGGCCCGAGCUGCGCCCGGUGCAGCCGCGGGCGCUGCAGGUCAAGGCGGAGAAGCAGGAGCUGGGGCCCGCCUUGGACCCGUCGACCGGCCCUCGGAGGGCGGUCGAGGCGGGCCCUAGAGCCUGCAGGGCGGCCAAGGUGGAAGGCCCUGGGCCGGCCCUCGACAGCCGCCGAGGGGACGAGAAGAAGGGCAAGCUGGAGGCAGAGGAGGUCAUGAGGGAUGCGGCGAAAGGCAGGGAAGGCAAAAGCCUGGCGGCCGUCGGAGAAGGAGUCAUCAAAACCGAGGAGCCGGAGAGACUCUCCGAGGACUGCAGGCUGGGCGCGGAGCCCCCCUCCAAUGGCCUGGGCCAUGGCAGCAAGGAGGUCAUCCUAGCCCAGCCGUCCAGCGCUUUUGGGCCGCACCAGCCAGACCUCAGGAUCCCUUUGACUCUCCACACCGUCCCUCCGGGGGCCCGGAUCCAAUUUCAGGGACCUCCACCUUCUGAGCUGAUAAGAUUGACCAAGGUUCCCCUGACACCAGUGCCUAUUAAAAUGCAAUCCUUACUGGAGCCUUCUGUAAAAAUUGAAACCAAAGAUGUCCCGCUCACCGUGCUGCCCUCAGACGCAGGAAUACCAGAUACUCCCUUCAGUAAGGACAGAAAUGGUCACGUGAAGCGACCCAUGAAUGCAUUUAUGGUUUGGGCAAGGAUCCACCGGCCAGCACUAGCCAAAGCUAACCCAGCGGCCAACAAUGCAGAAAUCAGUGUCCAGCUCGGGUUAGAGUGGAACAAACUUAGUGAAGAACAAAAGAAACCUUAUUAUGAUGAAGCACAAAAGAUUAAAGAAAAGCACAGAGAGGAAUUUCCUGGUUGGGUUUAUCAACCUCGUCCUGGGAAGCGAAAACGCUUCCCUCUAAGUGUUUCCAAUGUAUUUUCUGGUACCACACAGAAUAUUAUCUCUACAAAUCCUACAACAAUUUAUCCUUAUCGCUCACCUACCUACUCUGUGGUAAUUCCCAGCCUACAGAACACCAUCACUCAUCCAGUUGGUGAAGCCCCACCUGCCAUCCAACUGCCCACACCUGCAGUCCAGCGCCCAAGCCCCAUCACACUUUUCCAGCCAAGUGUCUCCAGUACUGCCCAGGUGGCCGUCCAGGCUCCAAGUAUGCCGCUCCGCCCGGCACUCCCGCCUCAGCGCUUUGCUGGGCCUUCCCAAACUGACACUCAUCGGCUGCCUUCCGGAGCCAAUCGCUCUGUGAAGAGACCCACUCCCGUCUCUCUGGAGAGCACCAGCAGGAUUCCAACUAGUGCAAGUACAGCCCAUGCCAGAUUUGCAACCUCAACCAUCCAGCCUUCCAAGGAGUAUUCCAGCGUUUCCACUUGUCCCAGAGGUGCUCCAAUCCCCCAGGCUCCUCCCCUUCCACACUCACACGUCUACCAGCCUCCUCCCCUUGGCCAUCCAGCCACACUGUUUGGGACACCACCACGAUUCUCUUUCCAUCACCCUUACUUCCUACCUGGACCUCACUACUUCCCAUCAAGCACAUGUCCUUACAGUCGGCCUCCCUUUGGCUAUGGGAAUUUUCCAAGUUCAAUGCCAGAAUGCCUUGGUUAUUAUGAAGACAGGUACCAAAAACAUGAGGCUAUGUUUUCAGCUUUAAAUAGAGACUAUCCUUUCAGAGACUACCCGGACGAACGCACACACAGUGAAGACUCUCGGGGCUGUGAGAGCAUGGAUGGGACCUCUUACUAUAACAGCCACGGCCACAGUGGGGAAGAGUACUUAAACCCCAUGCCCCAGCUGGACAUCGGGGCUUUGGAGAACGUCUUCACAGCUCCCACCUCGACGCCCUCGAGUAUCCAGCAAGUCAACGUGACUGACAGUGAUGAGGAGGAAGAAGAAAAAGUGCUCAGGAAUUUAUAA